AUGAUUAUUUUUUUUAAUAUAAAUUUAUCUCCAUCAACUGUUAUUACAAGUUUAAUUGAUGGAAUAAAUGAUUUAAUUGAAAUAGGUGUAAAAUAUUUUCUUAUUGUUAAUCAACCACCUUUUCAAGCAUAUCCAUCUGCUUUGUCUUUAAAUAUGAAUGAUUAUUUAAAUAAACUUACACUUGAACAUAAUAAUAAUCUAUCUAAUUCGAUUCAAACACUUCAAUCGAAUUAUUCGAAUAUAUCAUUUAAAUUAUUUGAUGUUUAUUCACUUAUUGAGAAUAUUCUUAUAAAUGGUUCGACAUAUAAAAUAAAUAGUAGAACAAAUUGUUGGAAUACAUCAUCAAAUAAUACUGUUGUUCAAUUAAGUUUAACUCCUGAUACUUAUCUUUAUAUUGAUGAAUAUCAAUUUUACUACGCGUGCACAUCAAUUGAUUGCUGA